AUGCUGUUCGAGAGCAUCCAGGACGGCCUCUACGACUUCCCGGCCAAGGAGUGGGGGUGGAUCUCGGAAGAAGUCGGAAGAAGCCAAAGACUUGAUCCGUCAUCUCUUGGUCAAGGAUCCCAGCCAGCGGCUGUCGGCCGAGGAGGUCCUUCGCCACCCGUGGGUCCAGAAUGGAGGUCCUAA